AUGCAGGCACAAAAGCAGAUCGCGGCGAGGUCCUACAACAGGAGGGUGAGGCAAAAGGCUUUCACCGAAGGUGACUUGGUAUGGCGUGCCGUGCUUCCUAUCGGGACUAAGGACCCUCGGUUCAAAAAAUUCUCACCUAAUUGGGAAGGGUUGUUUAUUGUUGAACGAAUCCUUGGCCGAGGUGCAUUUCAGUUAAGAGAUAGGGAUGGGGAAUGA